AUGAUGGCGGCGCCGGGCCUCUCCAAGGCCGAGUACCUGCGGCGGUACCUGAGCGGGCCGGCCGCCGCCGAGGCCCCCCAACCCCGCCGCCGCCGCAAGAAGAAGCCGCCGGGCGGCGCCGGCAGAGCCGGGAUGCGGAUCGUGGACGACGACCUCAGCUGGAGUAGCAUUGCUGCCGCCCAGGAGAAGGAGGAGGAGGAGGAGGAGGACGAAGGGGACAUGCCUGUGGUGGCCGAAUUCAUUGAUGAGCGUCCAGAUGAAGUGAAGCUCAUGGAGGAAUUCCGAACAAAUACUAAAUGGAAGCUUCUAGGAGGUGAGUCCAGACCUUUUCCGCUCUCUCUCCCUGAUCGCCACGACUCCCCGGACAGCUCGCCACCAAGGAGACUGCGGCACGACUCCCCGGACAAAUCGCCUCCAAGGCAACAGCGCCAUGACUCCCCGGAUCUGUCCCCUCCCAGGCGAGAGAGAAACAAUUCCGCCAACCUCUUGCCUCCCAGGCGACAGCGCCACGACUCCCCGGAUCUCUCGCCACCGAGAAGGAAGCGUCACGACUCCCCGGACCUGUCGCCUCCCAGGCGACAGCGCCACGACUCCCCGGAUCUCUCGCCACCGAGAAGGAAGCACAACGGCUCCCCGGACCUCUCCCCGCCAAGAAGGAAGCGUCACGACUCCCCGGACCUGUCGCCUCCCAGGCGACAGCGUCACGACUCCCCUGACAAGCGUCAGGCUACUCCAGAUCUAUCCCCUCCACGGAAGAAGAGGUACGAUUCUGACCCGGAUUCGUCGCCGCCUCGGAGAAAGAGGACCGGCAAAUCUUCAGACUCCGAUUUAUCUCCUCCGCGACGGACUCUGCCGGCCGGAAAGGACCAGCACAACACGAUGCUAUCUGGUGUCAAAGCUGGCUUGGUGUCCGCUGAUGUGCUGCGGAGGGAACAGCAGGAGCUCAGGAGGCACGAGAGAAAUAACAAGCACUUGGAAGAGGAAUCCCGACACUCCGAGACCGUCUUCCGAGACAAGUCAGGCCGCAAGAGGGACCUCGCGCAGGAGCGGCUGGAGCAGAGGCAGAAAGCUGAAGCCAAGUCCGAGAGGGACGAGCAGUACGCCAAAUGGGGAAAAGGGCUAGCGCAGGGGAGGCAACAGCAGCAGAACGUGGAAGAUGCAAUAAAAGAGAUGCAGAAGCCGUUGGCCCGUUACAUUGAUGACCAGGAUCUGGAUCGAAUGCUGCGGGAACAAGAGAGAGAAGGAGACCCCAUGGCUGACUUCAUCAAGAAAAGGAAGGCCAAAGAGAACAAAGAAAAGAAAGAAAAGCCGAGGUACAACGGACCAGCACCUCCGCUCAACAGAUUUAAUAUAUGGCCCGGGCAUCGCUGGGAUGGUGUGGACAGGUCCAACGGAUUCGAGCAGCAGCGCUUUGCCAGGAUAGCCAACAAGAAGGCCGUUCAGGAGCUUGCGUACAAGUGGAGCGUUGAGGACAUGUAGACGAGAGGAAGGACCAGGCAAAGCCGCGCUCCCGAAGAGGUUCACCUUCCUGCCACUGCCAGAACGGCUCGCUCUGCCUGGACCAAGCCCUGUCCUCGGCGUUCAGCAUCCCAGCGGACCGUCUUCCGAGAGGCGAGGAUGAAUUUAGAGGAAAGCUGUCAAAAGAGGGUUUUUUUUUUUUUUUUUUCUCCUGUCAGCCAGCGAGGACGAGCGCAGGGAACUGCAGCGGUGCUACCUGGAGCAGCGUGGUGGCCGAGUGUGGAGGAGAGGUGUGGUGGCCACUGCCCACUAAGGUGCUGCAGACGCCGGUUUCUGGUCCGUUUAUUUGUCUUCUAACCAUAGAAACUAUAUGCUUAAUUGUUUUAUGCCAAAUGCUUUGUCCUCUGAGGGCGGUUCACCAGUCUUCAGGUGUCCUAAAUCUCAGGUUUUUCUUCGUGGUGAAAGUCUGCUGAACACUUGGUCACUGGAGAGGUAACCUCAUCCAGUCGGUCGGUCUGUUCCAGAACUCUGUUGCAGUUUCAAUUGCGCUCGAUUUGUCCCGGAGAGCGACUGUACCCUAAAACUACUUAGUACUGUGAGCUGAUUUGCCUCUGGGCUGACGUCGGAUCUGCCCCGUGUCCUUCCCAGCGCACCCGAAGGGCUUCUGUUAAGUUGGUGUAGUUACCGUGCCCUCUGGUUCCUGGAGGCGCCGACUCGCAGUGCCGUUAGUAAAGCUCACCUUCUCCUAGCCCCGUCUGAGCAGGAAGCUGCUGGCUGUGUAGCACUCUGCCUCUCCCCUCCGACAGGUUCAGAGGCCAGCCUGCAGUGCUGCGUUUGACAGCAAAACCUUCAGGAGCCCCCGCAACUCUUUGGGGGUCAGACUCUUGUGGAAAUAAACGUGCGGAGGGCGUUUAAAUUGCUUCCCCUGACUGUUGUUUCGGAGCGGGUCACGGUGGCGGCUUGGCCCCCCCAGACUUCUCUCCGGACAGCGGUGCUGCCUGGGGGCUCGCUUCGUAACCCCUCACUCGUCAUCAGAUUUGUCGGGCUUGGAGCCGGAGGCCAGGCAGGAGAGCUUCCCUUAAUCCCCGCUCGCAAGAAAGCACUUGCAGAAAUAAAUGCGGUUGUUCUCGCUGCCGUCCCGGGGAGCGUGUGUUUAAAUGCAGGCAGCAGUUUCCAUGGAGAUGCCUUCUCUUCGGUAGCGGUCAGGGGCCGGUCGUCACAACCGCUCUUGGCGGCGAUUCUCAAGCGCCGGGAGGGCUGCGGGCGAGAAGUGCGACGACAAAGUCUUCUCUGGAGCGGGAGUGUCUUGGGACUUCCUUCCCUGUUUUUUAUUCGCCGUCUGAGGUUUCUCGCAGCCCUGGAAUCUCUGUGUACACCUGUAAAUAACAGCUUUCUUUUUUUUUUACUUGA